AUGGCAACUCACGCACCAGUGGCGAGAGUGCCGUUUGCGCCACUCGACAAUCCUCGUCUGCAGCAUCUCGCCUGCGCGAAGAAUCGCCAGAAUGGCAUUAUCGCGAAGACAUCGUCUGCCAAACCCAGCGUCACAAAGAUCUCAGCAGGAAAACGCGCCUAUGAGGCAGACAUCUACGAAGACUUCGACAGCGAGAAUGUCGACCCACACGUCUUCGACUCGCCUACCAAGAAGAUGAAGAAUGACGUGAAGCCAUUUACUUUCAGCCUCACACCACAAAAGUCCAUGCCGCCUCCAUCAAUCAUCCCAUCCCGCAUGUCCACGCCAAAAGCAAACAUAUCCACCCCACGAACGCCAUUGACCGCACCCGCUGGAAGGUCGCCAAAGAGGAAGAUUGCCAAGCCAGUGCGACGUGUUUCCGCACCAUUCUCACGCAUUGAUCCUCCGUUUGCUCGCAGUGGGUCGACUCUGCCAUUUAGUCUUGAUGCUGCUCUCAGUGGAAGCUUGAAGAGUGCUGGUGCCACGAUUCAGGAAAGCAUGCCGAAGGACUGGUACUUUGAGAUUUAUCAGGAUACGCCGGAAGAGGAGGCGUCGAAUCUGAUGGAGCACAGCACGUUGACGCUUGAUUUGAGCUCGGAUGAUGAGGAUACGAAGAAGUGUGAUGAUCGUGGGAAGGAGAAUACGCCGCCGGACGGGUAUGAUGCUCCUGCUGCGUCGAGGUCGGGGGGUGUGGCGCCGAGGGAAGUUAAGAAGACGGAGUUGAUUAGGAAGAAGAUUGUCGUGGAUGAGAUGGAUGAUGGGGCAAGGUCACCGCUGUCUGAUCUCGAGACUGAUCCGUUCUUUCCUGAGGGCAUGAACAAGGAUUCGCAUGUUGUCGUGGAUGGUGUUGAGGGGAAGGGGGUGAAGUUGGACGUGAAGGCGUUGUAUGCUGCGCCGGUGGUUGAAGAGAAGGCACCGUCGACGAUGCCGGUCGUUGAUGCAGAGGGUGAUAUCAAGGGCGAGAUCAUCGUGUGGGAAGAAAGUGAGAAGGAGAAGUAA